UUCAAUAACUGAACAUGCCUUCAAGAUGAAGAAAUACAGGGUUCCCCAAGCGGAGGUGGUGUAACUGACAUGCCGGAUCGAACCUCGGCUUCGGAACAUGGCUUAUCUUGAUCCUGACGGUCUUCAUCUGGGCUGUUCUGGAACCUUUCCCCCAGGAAGGCUUAUAAACUACCGAACACCCGCUUCCAGCCCCCUCUGCAUCAUCUACUAUCAUCUCCACCACCAUCCAAUACGAUCCGUCAUCCCUCCGCAUAUCUGUUCCUGCUUGACGUAUAGGGAGUGCUUGCGCCACACAGCAACCCGAGAUGGGCUCCAGCAACGGACGAGCAACCAAGCUGCCUUUGGUUCCAUUGCCCAAAGGCUCCGUUCUUCUUCCCGGGGCAACUUUACGAAUUCCGGUCUCGAACCGUCCGGAUCUUGCCAACCUCCUCUCAUCGUUACUGGAUCGGACGCAAGCAACGAAGCGAGAGGCGAACUUAAUUACCUUUGGUUGUGUUCCCCUCAGCUCGCCUUUCCUCAGCAAGGAUGGACAGCACGUGAUUGAGGAUGGCACCGUGGAGCACAGUACGAGGGAGGAAUAUGACUCCAUUGAUGCGGGUCAGGCCAGGAAGGAAGACCUGUAUCGCUAUGGCACCGUCGGCAAGGUUAUUGGAGUCCAGCGUCGUGCGUACUCUGAACCACACCUGCUGGUUCAGGGCGUUCAGCGCUUCACAGUUAAACGUGUACUGAAAGAAAGACCGUUUUUCGAGGCAGAGUGUAUCUUGCACGAUGAGAGAGAAUCUGCUCCGAGCGAUUCGGAAACAAUGGAAUUGUUCCAGCAAUUAAGACAACUGUCAAGGGAGCUGCUUACCCUGUUGCGAUUUACGUCUCUCUUGCCUACAGCAGGAACCCGUCUGUCGCCACUCGUUGCCCGUAAAUUCGAAUUAAUUAUUUCCAAGUCCGACCUGUCCCAAGCCGGAAGAUUAGCCGACGUUAUGGCCGACAUUGCCGAAUCAGGCUUUGAGGAGAAACUGCGUGUUCUUGCAACUCUGAAUAUCAAGACUAGGUUGGAGAGGGUGAAUGAUAUUUUGAGUCGACAAACUCAGAAUAUCCGUAGCAAUGUUAAGGUCACCACCAUCUCCACAAGCAAUAUCCCUCCAGGAUCCUUACUUGACAUCGGCCAACUGGACCCUCGUGACAGAGAAAUGCUGGCCAAGCGAGCUAUGUCCGGCAUCCCUGGGCUUACUCCCCCAGGACCUGGUGGGCGGAACAAUGACGCCGAUGAUAAGGAGACUAACGAAGUCGACGAGCUCCAACAGAGGUUGCAGGAUGCGCAGCUUAGCUCGGAGGCUAAGAAAGUUGCGGAUAAGGAACUGCGACGACUUCGGAAGAUGAACCCCGCAAAUGCAGAGUAUGGAGUCUGCAGGACAUACCUUGAAAACAUUGCGGAUAUUCCAUGGACCAAAGUCACGGAAGACCAGCUUGGCGCUGAGACAUUGAAGCGAGCACGAAAGCAACUAGAUGACGACCAUUACGGCUUGGAAAAGAUUAAGAAAAGACUUCUGGAGUACCUUGCGGUACUGAGACUCAAGCAGUCGACAAAUCAGGGUCUCGAGCGUCAGAUCGCAGACUUGACCAACCAACUCGACAACUCUGGGGGAGACAUCGAGAAUGACAUUCCAUCCUUGCCUGAGAACGAUCGCGCUGAACUUGAAUCAAAGUUGCACAUUCUUACUUCCAGACGUAUGGCCGACAAAUCUCCGAUCCUCCUCCUUGCUGGCCCUCCUGGCACUGGAAAGACUAGUCUCGCGAGAUCAGUGGCUACCGCUCUCGGCCGUAAAUUUCACAGAAUUUCCCUUGGUGGUGUCAGGGACGAAGCUGAAAUUAGAGGUCAUAGGAGGACGUACGUUGCUGCCAUGCCUGGGUUGAUUGUGAAUGGUCUCAAGAAGGUGGGCGUCGCCAACCCAGUAUUCUUACUCGAUGAAAUCGAUAAAAUCGGAGGCGCCAAUUUCCAAGGAGACCCCUCAGCAGCGAUGCUGGAGGUGCUGGACCCCGAACAAAACCACACAUUUGUCGACCACUAUAUCAACAUUCCUAUCGAUCUGAGCAGGGUUCUCUUUAUCGCCACGGCCAACUCCCUCGAUACCAUUCCCGCUCCACUUCUCGAUCGAAUGGAAACGAUUUCGUUAUCUGGAUACACAACUGUCGAGAAGCGACAUAUCGCUAAGAGACAUCUGAUUCCCAAGCAAAUCAGAGCCAAUGGGCUUGCGGAUGGCCAGGUGAUAUUGUCCGAUGAUGUUAUCGACAAGACCACGACCUCCUACACCCGGGAAUCUGGUGUUCGCAAUCUCGAGCGAGAACUUGGAUCAAUUUGUCGAUACAAAGCCGUUCAAUAUGCCGAUGCCACCGACACGGCGAACGUUGAUGCUUACAACCCCGUUGUCUCGCUUGAUGACCUGGAAGAAAUUCUUGGCAUUGAGCGAUUUGACGAAGAAAUUGCCGAGAAGAAUGGUCGCCCAGGGGUGGUUACUGGCCUGGUGGCUUAUUCCACUGGUGGCCAGGGGAGCAUCCUUUUCAUUGAAGUUGCAGACAUGCCAGGCAAUGGCCGAGUUCAACUCACCGGCAAGCUCGGGGAUGUCCUGAAGGAAAGUGUGGAGGUUGCUCUGACUUGGGUUAAAGCCCAUUCAUUUGAGCUCGGACUGACUUCUGAUCACCAUGAGGAUAUCAUGAAGAACCGAAGCUUGCAUGUCCACUGUCCUUCGGGAGCUAUCCCCAAGGACGGCCCAUCUGCAGGACUUGCCCACACCAUUGGCUUGAUCUCCCUCUUCUUAGGAAAGGCCGUUCCUCCAAAGCUCGCUAUGACGGGCGAAAUCUCUCUCCGCGGAAGGGUGAUGCCUGUCGGCGGUAUCAAGGAGAAGCUGAUUGGUGCUCACCGCGCUGGCGUCACCACUGUUCUUUUGCCUCAACAUAAUAGGAAGGAUGUGAAGGAUGUCCCGGCAGAAGUCAGCAAUGGCCUUGAAAUCAUUUAUGUCAGGCACAUUUGGGAAGCCAUUCGACAGGUGUGGCCUGACGCUCACUGGCCUGGCCAGCACCAGAUGGACUUCGUUGAGAGCCACCUGUAGUUCUUAUCUAUUACUGGCCAUUUUGCCUUUCCGUUGCAACUAUUCUGAC